AUGGUUUUCACCGAAUCUCUUUUUUCUUCCCGUAUACACGCAUUCUUUAUUAUUCUCCUUCCUUAUCAUUCAAUCCUAUCAUUUCCAUCUUCUCAACAUUAAAGAAUCUCUGUAAUUAAAUUCCAGCAAUUACAUACACCAUCCAGAUGACCAUGGAGCAAUAUCUUCAAGAUUCCGUGUCGCGGAACAAUAUAACCAAACAAAAUGAGGUUGCCCAAAACAAGUGGAAAUCAUCAAAUGAAUCCAUUGAUGAAUCUGAAAAUGAUCCUUCAGGCGGUUUCGACUGUAAUAUCUGUUUAGACAUGGUCUAUGACCCUGUCGUGACACUAUGUGGACACCUCUACUGCUGGCCCUGCAUUUACAAAUGGCUCCACCACCAAAGAACUUUACCCGAAUACUUGGAGAAGAAAAAUGCCCAAUGCCCUGUUUGCAAAAGUGAAAUCUCUCAAAAAAGUAUAGUCCCGCUAUACGGUCGUGGUGAGACUGCAAAACCUGUAUCAGAAGAAAAGCCUCUGAAUCCUGGCAUCACGAUCCCACGAAGGCCUUCGAGUCCUAGGUGUAGUCCUCAGACCGUUCCAUCUCAGCAACCUAGUCUUCGCACCUAUCAACAUGUGCCAAUGCCUCUAUCUAUGUCGGGUGUUGGUGGAGUGACUAUGACAAAUAUGAUCAAUCCAACUAGCCCGACAACUGGUAUGCUUGGAGAGAUCAUAUACGAGAGGAUUUUUGGUAAUGCCCACUCUACUUUAUUUGCAUACCCGAACUCAUACAAUCUAGCAGGGUUCAGUACUCAACGUGCUAGAAGGCAGGCAAUGCAAGCAGAUAGAUCCCUAGGCCGGAUUUGCUUUUUCUUAUUCUGUUGUGUAAUGUUGUGCCUUCUCUUAUUUUGAAAAUUGUUUUGGAGAACCCUCUAUUGAUCAUGAUGUAUAUUUGUAUAAAUUAUGAGAAGUUAGAUAGUAUGACCUUGGAUAUGUAACCUGGUUGUUAUAAAGGUAUAUAUAUAUGUGUAUAUUGUAGAACA